AUGGUUUCUACAGUUCUGGGCCUGCUAGGGAACUUCCUCGUGGUGUUAGUUCUUUUUCAAAGGCGCAGUGCCGGUAGCUCUGCAGAUGCUUUUAUUGGGAACCUAGCUGCUGCUGAUUUCCUAACAUCUCUGUUUCUCAUUCCGUUGCCCCGUGCGUCCCAGGUGCCUUCGACGCUCUUGGGGAAGAUCUACUGUAAGAUUGUCUUUACAUCUGUUUUAGUUUGGUUUUGCAUCUUCACGUCCACCCUAACCCUCAUGGCAAUCUCUGUAGAGCGCUUCGUCGCCAUCGUAUAUCCGAUCCAGUUCGCUCGCUGGAGGAAACGACAGCAUAUUACUUUUGGCAUCAUUCUCAUUUGGGGAAUGUCCUUGGUCGUUAAUCUUUUCAUCCCUCUCACCAUUCAUGUCAACGAUGAAUCCCACGAAUGCACAGUGGACUUCAUGACAUUCGCUAGUCAGGUCACCAUCGGCGUAUACUCUAUUCUAGUAUGUUACAUCAUUCCCAUUGCGGUCAUGUUGAUAACCAAUGUUACCGCAGCGCGCACACUGCAGCGACAAUUCAAACGAUUCAAUAGUACCUAUCGGGGAGAAGGAAAGUCCAAGGCAUCUAUGAACCUUCUGGUCGCCAGAAAACGAGUGCUGUAUAUGCUUAUCCUUGUCAUCAUCAUCUAUUGCAUCUGUUGGGGGCCAAACUCGAUUGCAUAUUUCCUCUACAACAUUCGCGUCUUGGAUUCAUCGCACCUCUACGGCCCUAUCGACCAGGUUCUGGUUCUGUUAGCAUUCUAUAACUCCUGCGCUAACCCGAUUGUUUACACUCUCUGCUAUCCGCAAUUCCGCAAGGCUCUUCGCAAAUUAGUUACGUGCUCCAAAAUAAGCAACAAUGCCAUAUUCGAAGCUGGGACUACACUAAACGUAAGCAAAGAUGACACAGCAAUGACAGUUGUGUAG